AUGACCAUCCUGAAAAAGAAGAAGAAGGGGGGUCCACAAAUAACCCCCGAUGAACGUUACCGGGAGUUGGAUAGCCACGCACAUGAUGAGAACGAAAUAAACGGGAACGUCCCCAUCGGCAGAAAAAUCCUCAGAUUUUUGAAACUAGUUUAUGAUGAAAUUCGGGAAAAUAUUUCUGUUUGUCUCCUGAUUAUGAUUUACUUGUGUGUAUGUGUAAUGAAUAAAAUUUUUGCAAAAAGGACUCUGAAGAAAAUGGGGAACUACAGCUUUGUAACUUCGGAGACGCACAACUGCAUAUGCAUGAUUAUUUUUUUUACCUUGUAUUUUAUGUUUGGUCGUCGAGUCAUGUCCGCCAAGGAGAGACACCGAAAUUUCGGAAUUCAGUUUUUGCUAAUAUCUCUGCUGGACGCCUGCUCAGUUAUUAUUGCGUUUAUAGGCCUCACGAGAACCACCGGAAACAUCCAGUCCUUCGUCAUGCAGCUGAGCAUUCCGAUAAAUAUGUUCUUCUGCUUCUUGAUUUUACGAUACAGAUACCACCUGUUCAAUUACGUUGGUGCAUCCAUCAUUGUCGUGACUAUCGCGAUUGUGGAAUAUAUUCUGUCUUUCGAAACGCAGGAAGAGAAUUCCAUUGUGUUUAACCUCGUGUUGAUUGCCUCGCUGAUUCCGCUCAGCUUUUCCAACAUGACCAGAGAAAUAGUUUUCAAGAAGUACAAAAUAAACAUCCUGCGCCUGAACGCCGUAGUUUCCUUCUUCCAAAUAUUCACCUCCUGUCUGAUGCUUCCGAUGUACACCCUUCCAUUUUUGAAGCAAAUCAAUUUACCCUUCUCGGAAAUCGGAACGAAUAUAAAAAACGGAUUUAGAUGUUUGUUUCUUGGACAAAACACCAUCGUGGAGAACUGCGGGUUGGGAAUGGCCAAGAUGUGCGACGAUUGUCAAGGAGCAUGGAAAACAUUCAUAGCGUAUUCCUUUUUCAACAUUUGCGACAAUUUAAUCACCAGCUUUAUAAUUGACAAAUUUUCAACCAUGACAUACACCAUCGUCAGUUGCAUACAAGGACCAGCAAUAGCAAUCGCUUACUACUUUAAAUUCCUUGCGGGAGACGCUGUCAUGCAACCCCGAGUGUUAGACUUUGUCACUUUGUUUGGCUACCUCUUCGGAUCAAUCAUUUACCGUAUUGGAAACAUAAUUCUUGAAAAAAAAAAAAUGAUGGAAGCUGGCAACGACGAUGACUCCGAGGGAGAGCUCACCAAUGCCGACUCGAUAAUAACACACUGA